GGGUGCCCAACCCGCCUGAGCUCGGGCAGCCCCGGGAGCCGAGACCCACCGCAAUCCCGGUCUGGGCCGAAGUGCCGCAGCCUGGGGUCCGCCCAGCCCGUUGAGAGGCGCUGCCUGGACUAUAGUGUGGAUUCACAAUGUUUGGGGACUUAUUUGAAGAGGACUUUUCCUUUGUAUCAAAUAAUCAAUGUGGAAAAGGGAAGAAAUCGAAGUCCAAAGAUACUGAAACUCCUGCUCCAAGGGAGUUCACCAACUUAAGUGGUAUCAAAAAUCAAGGCGGGACCUGCUACCUUAAUUCUCUUCUCCAGACUUUGCAUUUCACACCAGAAUUUAGAGAAGCACUGUUUUCCUUAGGCCCUGAAGAACUUGGUUCUCUGGAAGAUAUCAAUAAACCAGAUGUUAAGGUUCGAAUAAUUCCAUUACAGUUACAACGAUUAUUUGCUCAGCUUUUGCUCUUAGAUCAGCAGGCUGCAUCUACAACAGAUCUCACUGAGAGUUUUGGAUGGAACAGCAAUGAGGAGAUGAGACAACAUGAUGUACAGGAGUUAAAUCGCAUUCUGUUCAGUGCUUUGGAAACUUCCCUUGUGGGGACUUCUGGACAUGAUCUUAUUAAUCGGUUAUAUCAUGGAACUGUUGUUAACCAGAUUGUUUGUAAGGAGUGCAAGAAUGUCAGUGAGAGACAGGAGGAUUUUUUAGAUCUAACAGUGGCAGUCAAGGAUGUAUCUGGCUUGGAGGAGGCCCUCUGGAACAUGUAUGUGGAAGAGGAAUAUUUUGAAAAUGAUAACUUGUACCGAUGCGGAGCAUGCAACAAACUGGUUGAAGCAGCAAAGUCUGCUAAACUACGUAAGUUGCCUCCCUUUCUUACUGUCUCACUCCUGAGGUUUAACUUUGACUUUGAGAAGUGUGAGCGAUACAAGGAAAUGAGCUGCUAUACGUUCCCUAUCCGGAUAAACCUCAGGCCUUUUUGUGAGCAGACUCAUUUGGAUGAUUCGGAGUACAUAUAUGAGCUGUUCUCUGUUAUUAUACACAAAGGUGGCUGCUAUGGAGGACACUACCAUGUAUAUAUCAAAGAUGUAGAUGCACUGGGAAAUUGGCAAUUGAAAGAGGAGGAAAGCAAACUGAUGUCUAAAGAGAAGGAUCAGAAAGAAACUGAAAAUGUCAAAGAAAUGGAGAAUCCACUGACAGUCCUGAAAGAGAUCUUAUCAGAGGAAGAAUCUAAACAAAUUCCUGUGGAUCAGUUAGGGCAGAAACUACUGGAGAAGAAAGGAGUGUCCUGGAACAAAAAAUACCGGAAACAAUAUGGACCUAUACGAAAGUAUUUGCAGAAUCAUUCUCAGAUAUUUCUACUCAGUCCUGAUGAAAAUAAGGUUAGUCUCAAGGAAAUGUACCAUAAGCUCCAAUUUGGGUCAGAUUCCCAAGGACAAGGUCUGCAAAGCCCUUCUCAGGACAGUGAUGUCCAGUGGACUUCAGAAAGUCUAUGUACAGUGUUGAAGGACAACACCUCUGGUUCCCAUUGGUUUGACUUGAAUGAUUCAAAAGUCCAGCCCAUUAAGGAGAAGGAUAUUGAGAAACAAUUUCAGGGUAAAGAGAGUGCCUACAUGCUGUUUUAUCGAAAAUCCCAAUUGAAAAGACCACCUGAAGCACAAGCAAAUCCAAGAUACCGGGUUCCUGACCAUCUUUUGAAUGAAAUGGAUGCUGCCAACAUUGAACUGCACAAGAGAAGGAUGGACUGUGAUUCUGCAGACUAUAAUAUUGAUUUGCAUCUCCAUUUGGGCUCUCACUAUAAACUUUACAACGGGGCCUUACACCCAUCGCUUUCUCGGAAGGACAGUGUGCUGGAUCUGACUAUUGAUAAAAGAAAAACCCUGGGAGAUGUCCGGCAAUCGAUAUUUCAGCUGUUGGAAUUUUGGGAAGGAGACAUGAUUCUCAGCAUUGCAAAGUCUCUACCAGCUGGACUUCAUCUUUACCAAACACUUGAUGGAGAUGAGAUGACUUUGGCUGGCAUUGGACUUGCCGAUGGGGCAGAUGUCUUUGUGUGGAAUGGCAAGGAGGUCGGUGGUAUGGAGGUGUUACCAGGUCUUGACCAUGAACCUGUGCUCCUAAAUGUUCUUCGUUUGGCGGGCUAUAAUGAAGGAGGAAGAGGUCAGCAUUUCAGAGAAUCCCAGCAUGUCAUUCCAAGCAGUGCAGAACUGAGUACCCUGUGGAAAGCCUUAGCAUCGCCAGGGGGGAUCAUCUUAAAGAACAGUUCAGGAUCUGACAGAGAGCUGGAGAAUUGGAAAGUCAUUUGUGAAGAGGAUAUGAAGAGCACAGUCAGAAGUGUUGGUCUGGCAGAUGGAAGCUCGAUAUUAGUUUUAGAUAGCCACGACCAAAGUUUGGUGAAUAUGGCAAGUGGCAAUUUGACUGCUUUUACACAUGAUAUCAGCUGGCUACAAGUUAAAAAUUUCUGCCGGUUGGAAGCAGAGGAAAAGCAAGUUAAAAUCACUGCAACUGUUGAAACAGUGAUGUCAGAUAUCAAAAUUAAAGCAAUACAGGAGCUGCAAUUAGGGGAGGAUCUAGUGGAUGCCAGCUGUCUCAGACCUGUUAAUGAGAGUGGGAAGCUUCUUUCUCCAGUGCCUGAGGAUUAUACAGUCAAAGAAGCAGAGCUAAAGAUGGGAAGCCUGUUAGGACUCUGUCAUGGGAAAGCGCCAACUUCCACUCAGCUCUUCUUGUAUUUUGUUGUUGCGAGUGAUCUGCAGGGAGGCCACGAGAUGGAAAUAGUAGUGGAAGAGUCUGCAUCGGCGAGAGAGUGUCUAAAUUUAAUGCUGGAUAAGUCUGGGUUAUCAGGGGACAGCUGGCACUUGAGAAGAAUUGAUUGGUGCUAUGAAGCUGGAGAGGCAUUAAGCGAGGAAGGUGCCACACUGAAGGAGCUUAAUGUCUGCAGUGGAGAUACUUUGGUCAUAACUGAAGGGAAACUGCCACCAAAGGGAUUCCUGAAAGUGCCCAUCUGGUGGUUCAAGCCUCUGAUGCACUUUGGACACCAAGAGAGCAUGCAGGAUCAAGUGAACGGCAUGAUGGGGACAUUGCGGGUAUCUCCAGCAGGAGAUUCCCCAACAUAUGUCCAGUCAGACAUUGGGCUUUGUUAUGCAGGCGAUAUAGAAAUCUCAGCAGAAGCUUUUCUGGAGGAUCUGAAAAUUCAGGCCAUGACUUUGCCAUCCUUCCAGAAGCUCAGUGUCCCGUCACCCGAGUUUCUCAGAGCCUGGACGCUGGAGAGCAAGCACCCAGGCAAGCUUCUACGAAACAACCAGCAGCAACUCAAUGAACAUAAACUGGGAGGCAGAACAGAAAUCUGUUUAGAACCUUUACAGAAGGAAGAGAAUCUGAGCCCCAGUGACUUGCUGCUUCGGGUGCAGAUGGGCAUUCCCGGGGAGAGGGAUUACUACCACCCUGUGGAUUUGGUGUGGGAUAUUUCCAAGGAAUGCACAGCAUGGGCACUGAGGCAGAGGCUUGCUGUUCACUAUGCCCUCCCUGUGGAGAAAAUCAGAAUUGCAAAGUAUUUCCCUGAGAAGUUUGAGUGGAUGACAAUCUCCAGCUGGACCCAGCAAAUUUCAAAGAAGAAGCGGAAGAAAAAACAAGAGAGUUUGCAGUCAGCACCUUACCACCUGAAAGAUGGAGACAUUAUCGGUGUAAAGAAUCUUCUGCUUGAGGAUGGCAAGGACUUCAGUACUGUGAGAGAUGACAUUGGAAAGGAGACACAGAGGCAGCGUGCAAUGGAAAAAAAGAAAAGCCGGCAAGCUCAGCGCUUACAGAACAAUGUUUCCUCUGAGGGAAAGGUGGUUAAUAAACAUCAUAAGCCGGAAGUGGCUCUUUCUAUUAACGUGGGAAUCUUCAGAUAGCAUCGGACAGGUGACUUGUUGAGUGACCCUUGCCCCUGAUGUACUGAAUUAGAAUGGAGUACCUCCGCUGGACCAGCCUGGUCUUCUCAGAAGUGUCCUGUCUCACGGAUGAGACAACUGGCUGUAAGGCUUGGGCCAGCUCUGGAUUUCCUGUAAUCUAUUUUGGUGAAGUGCUUUAGCUUCCCUUUUUCAAUGUGGAACUUACUCUCAGGCUAGGUAAAUGCACUUUAUCAAUGAGAAAAUGGAUGACUGUAUGACAUAACCUUUCUGUGACUGUUUUGUAAUAAUCAUAUAUGUAUUUUUAUCUGAUAUUGCUAUCCUAUACCACUACUACAAAGCUCUUCUUUCAUGUUGGCAUAGAACGUCUAAAAGGAAUUUUGACACUUUUGUCUUCUGAAAUUAUUGGAUCUUUGGUUUUGUUCACCUGCCUAGUUGAAAAAUCUGAGCUUUAUAAUAAUUUAAAUCAAAAUUGGGUUCAUGCUCCCUUCUCUCUGCAGCCAUUUCGUCGAUGUUUUUUUCUGCAGUGCUAAUAACAACAGCUAAACAGCAAACUGUGAAUAGUUCUCCAUCUAAGCUGUGCAUAAGUGAUCGAUUUCAACAGAAUGUGGGACAUUUCACUGCUUACCUCCUCUGGUAUAUUAAAUCUUUCCAUUGUGCAGCAAGUCAAAAUUCUACUCCUUGCCAUAUAAUGAAGCUUUGUCUAUUAGGACCAUGAGUAGAAACUGGUUUCAGAAUUUUCUUAUCUCUGGGACAAAUACACUAAACUGGCCAAAGGAAGGAGCAAAUGUGUUCAAAACCUAGAAAGCUCUGGAGAGUGGAGUUUGUUAAAUGGACGUAUGUUGUCACUGUGCUGCUGUUCUUCCCGAGAUGCCUCAUCCUUUUUUCACUAUCCACUAAGUUAUUUUAAACAUUUAGGAGAAAAGGAGAACAUUUGGCAGAAUACUGUAUUUUUUUUAACUCAGGAAAAGGUUAUUAUGUUUGUUUUAAACUAAUCAAAUUAGGAAUUUUGCGUGAUUUAUUUGCUAUCCCUCAGUAGGAUUAAAAGGCGGAGAAAGGCAGAAAAAUGUUUUGCCUCUUAGCUAGCUGUACAUCCCCAGUAAUAAAAGGGGAUUGUAUCCUCUUUUGGUUAUACACAGUGACUUCUAAUACCACCUAAACGCUAUGCAGUCCAAGUCUGUUAUGGGUCAUCGUAAAUAAACCAUUUACUGUAUUAUCAUAAGACUAGUUCUUGCUAGAUGAUGAGACUACACUUUUCUACCACCAAGUGUGGUAAUUGGGCUCAUUACAAAUUAAUGAAUUGAUUCUCAUUAUUUUUAUGUAUUUUUUUUUUCAGUGCUUACAAUUACUAAAGUCUUUUUAUGGUCCCUGAUAGUACAUGCAUCAAAUACAUCAGCAGUAAAGUUUUGUGGUUUCUUCAGAAAGAGUAUUGGUGCUGAUACAUUGAACUGGCCAAGUAUAUAUUGUUUACAAUAAACUGUACUUUUUAAAAGUGUAUUGGGUAAUAGGAUGAGAAUGGGAUGUAUAAAUGAAAGAUAACCACAUAUCCUUAACUGAGCUGCAGUGCUCAUAUCACAUGCCACGAGUUUGUCUUUCUCUGUUAAAAACUGGGAAAAUGAAUAAUCAGAAAUGCUACUCACCCUUGCACUCGUGUCUGGAAUCCCUUGUAAAUUAUUAAAAGAAAGUGUUCAAACCCAAUUUCUGAAAAAGAAAAUGAAA